AUGGGUAUGUCCACACCCGCCUCACCAAACUUCAAUGUGGAACUCAUCAAGGAACAGUUCGACACAUGCGACACUGCUAAACAUUUUGCUCUUGUGGCUCCCUGCAGAGCGAAAUCAUGUCCGCCUUUACUAUAUGCCAUUUACUCUGCGUCCGCAAGACAUCUUAGUCGACGACAGGCUGUCAACGGGAGUGAAAUUCUUUUCGCAGGGAAGAAGCUUCCCUUACUCGGUGGAGAAACAGCCCUAGAGUAUCAAAGCCUAUGUAUCUCGCAUCUAAUGUCCCUGUCUGGUGACUCGACCGAAGUUCAAGAUGAGAACCUUCUUGCGGCAGCUGUGAUACUUCGCUUCUAUGAAGAGUAUGAUGCACCUCUUGUCGGCAUCGACGAUGAGACUUAUCUCCGCGGAACACAAGUGUUUCUAGACGCUCAGUCAACAUCAGCCAUGCAAGCUGGGAGUCUUCGCCAUGCCGCGUUCUGGGUGGCCUUUCGACAGGAAUUCCACAGAGCGUUCAUCAAACAACGUGUAUUUCAAUUCAAUUCUUAUUGCUGCGCUACCUCGCCCUAUAGAUCGCUCGAACCCGCCAACGACAAUACAUGGACGAAUCGAAUGGUCUUGCAUUGUACGGAUGUCCUCACGUACUGCUAUGCCGGGGGUUCUGAUCUUUCACGAUACGAUGAGCUCUGGGCAUACACUCUCCGAUGGCAGUCUUUGAUUCCUUCAACUUUUAAUCCCCUUUACUCUAGAGAUCCGGAUCCGACGGUAAACGAGGUUUUUCCGGAGAUUUGGUAUCUUGAUGAUUCAGUCACGGCGAUGCAGCACUGCCAUUUAGCGCGCAUCCUUCUUUUAGCCUUUGAUCCGCGUGUUCCUCGCAUGGGUCCUAACCGAAAGGCGGCUGUCGAGAAGAGAGAGGCCGAGAUUAAAUGGAGCUUGUUCAAUUUAUGCGGGAUAGCUCGGUCGAAUAAAACUGCACCUGCACUUGUUAUGGCUUGUAUGGGUGUAAGAAUGGGUGGCGAUAGGGUUAUGAAACGUGUGGAGCAAGAGGCACUGCUUGGGAUUUUAGUGAAAUUAGAAGAAGUCCAUGCCUUCUCGAGUGGGACAGCGCAGGCUCAGCUCAGAGAAGCAUGGGGAUGGGAUAGAUCUAAUCGUAUAUAG